AUGCAGUAUUCCGUUUCUAACGUGUGGUCUGUUGCACUUUGGGGUGCGUUCGCCAUCCACGCUGUCACAGCACAGAAUGGGAAAGACCUCCUGCCGGGAGACAAGGACGUGUGGCAGGGUAUGAAGGGCGUCGAUGCUUGGCGCCUCCCCUCUGAUACGGUCAAGACCGGAGGCAAAGACGGUUCAGUGACCCUUAAGGGCUCUAAAGAUCGCGUGCGUUGCGGUGUUGUCCCUUACGACAAAGACGGCAACGUUUGGAUGAUUCCGGCGAAUGGCAACUUCGACCAGGUCGGCUACAUCCUGCCUCGGGGAGGCUACGACUCACGCCACGACACCACGCUCGCUGAUUGUGUGGUGCGGGAGGCGAAGGAGGAGGGCGGCCUCGUUAUUGACGUCAAGUCUCUAGUCCCUCUUGGGCGCAGCAAUCAUGGGUCGGUGUACUGGUACAAAGGCAGCGUGACGAAGCAUGUCAAGCCGACAGAGCCUCGGCCCCAGCCCCCGAAAGCGUUCAAGCUCAACGACGCGCGCAAGGAGAUGCAGAAGCCGGCCAGCAACCCCAAGAAGAAGGCGGACAUGCGGAUGGCUCUCCAUACCUCCGUCUCCGCGGACGACUCCAAGAAUUAUCGAUCGACAUUCAAGCCACUGGAGCGAGGUGGCCCGAGCAGACCGGCUGGUGGCCAAGGCAGCCGCCAAACGAAGCCUACCCGGUGA